AUACUCUAUAUACGGUCCUAUACAUACAUACAAACCGUAUAUGCAAGAGUCAACGACAACGACGACAUAAAAUUAUAACUAACUUUUUUGUUGCAUUUCGCUUUUGUUCCUUGAAGGACUAAAGUAAGCGCGCUAAAUCCCUAGAAAUUACAAACAAAGAUGGCUAAUAAAAUGCGAUCAGUGUUUACCUCUGUAAGUGAUACCUUCUUCCCUGGAUCUAAAUCAAUAAUUGAUGGGGGAAAAGAAAAAAGUAUAAUGACGGGUUCAUAUGUCAACUCAAGUUUAUGGCUUCAAAUGUCAUUAUACUUCAACUGUUAUUUUUCACCAUUUUGGCUUGUUAUAUGUCUCAUAGUUCUAACACUUAAGUUUGAAAAGCUUAACCCUUACUACCAGUUUAUUCUUGCUGUUAUAUAUUUGGUGAUGGGAGGUUUAGAAGUACUGCGACUAUUUCUUGGUUAUUUAGGAAAUUUGUUAGAAAAGGUUCCUGAAUUGGCUGGAUUUUGGUUGGUUACAGUAAUUCUUCAAUUACCUCUGUGCUGCAUCUUAUUAUUCAAUGAGGCUACUUUGAUACUACCCUUUGAGCGGGCUGUCAAUAUUAUUAUGUUUGUAUUUCUUGUUACUGAAACUAUUCAUGGUUACAUUGCUAUAAAAAGAAUGACUGAUUCCCAAGUAGAGAAAUUUAGAAUGAGGCGAUUAUACGGUCUUGAUGCUGAUAGUGAAUCCAGUCAUGUGAUUAAAAAUGAGUUUUUUAAGAAGAAUCUUUAGUUUGUUAAAGUUUUUAAAGAUUAUUUAUAGAUUAUUUUUAAUAAAUAAUUGUAUUAAUAUACGCUCCAAAGUUAAACUCAUUAUUUUUUGAUUACCUCUAGACUUUAAAUUACAAAAAGCUU